AAAUACACACACAACACACACUGAUAGCAGAGAAACACAAGUCUUCCCUUUGGAUCUUAUCUAAGUUCCAUUUCUUGUUCAGACAUUAAAGAUCGAAGUAAGUUUGGUCUGGUUUUCUCAGAAGGGAAGAAGAUGCAGGUCGUCGCCAAGUUUGAUUUCCAGUCUCCGCCGUUCUCUCACGCCGCCGGAGAGAUCCUCAUUUCUCCGGUAGACCGCAGAGCAGAAUCUUUCGCUAACUUCCCCGAGGCCCUUGAAGGCGCCUGUCCUGACUCGCCUUCUAGCUUGGCGGCGGUGAAAGUGCAGAAGGUUUACAGGAGUUAUCGCACGCGCCGGAGACUAGCGGACUCUGUGGUUGUCGCCGAAGAGCUCUGGUGGCAAGCGAUGGAUUAUGCGAGAUUAAAUCAUAGUACGAUCUCAUUCUUUGAUUACUCAAGACCUGAAACUGCAGUUUCCAGGUGGAAUCGUGUGAGCUUGAAUGCUUCUAAGGUGGGGAAGGGUCUGUCCAUAGUCGACAAAGCUCAGAAAUUGGCCUUUCAGCAUUGGAUUGAAGCUAUUGAUCCUAGGCACCGGUAUGGACACAACCUUCAUUUGUACUAUGAAGUGUGGUGCAAAGCUGAUGCUGGUCAGCCAUUUUUCUACUGGUUGGAUGUUGGAGAAGGGAAAGAUCUGGAUCUUGUAGAAUGUCCAAGGUCGAAGCUUAAGCAGCAAUGCAUCAGAUAUCUUGGACCUCAAGAGAGGGAAGAGUAUGAGUAUGAGAUCGUUGAAGGGAAGAUUGUUCACAAGUUAACCGGACAGUUUCUACACACCAUGCACGGAUCUGAGGGGACAAAGUGGAUCUUUGUUAUGAGUACUUUCAAGAAACUAUAUGCCGGUCUGAAGAAGAAAGGAAGGUUCCAUCACUCAAGCUUUUUGGCCGGAGGAGCAACACUAGCCGCAGGGAGGGUGGUUGUUGACAAUGGAGUUCUCAAGACAAUCUCUGCAUACAGUGGUCAUUACAAGCCAUCAGAUGAUAGCCUUGACACAUUUCUCUCGUUUCUCAGAGAGAACGCAGUGAAUCUAGACGGUGUUGAGGUGCACAAAGCUAGUGAAGAUUCCGACAACUACGAUGAUUACUUUAAAUCCAAUGGAGAUGGGACCAAGUCUUUAAAGAAAGAGGAGCCAACGCCAUCCCACGCAGAGGCUGAAACGGAUGAAAACGGCAACGGAACACUUGAGGAGAUCAAACGGAGUAGUUACCAGAGAACCCUCUCAGGUGGGCUUGAAAGCCCAAAAGCUGACGUUCCACAGAAAGCAAUCUUACAAAGGAUCAACUCCAAGAAACAGUCGAAAUCUUUACAGUUGGGUCAUCAGUUAAUGCUGAAAUGGUCGACAGGAGCUGGUCCAAGGAUCGGUUGUGCAGCUGAUUAUCCUGUUCAGCUCAGAACACAGGCUUUGGAGUUUGUUAACUUGUCUCCUAGAAACCGGAGCAGCGCACUGUCUCCGACCGGGAGGAUUGAUGUCUGAUCAUAUGUUUUCCUUGUUCUUAGCAGUUUAAUCGUAAUCUUAUGUGACUUGGUUAACGUGCGAGUUUUAUCUAUCUAAAGUUUUAGUUGUUUUUUUCUUUUCACCUGGAUGAUGUGAUGCAGAAGGAAAAUAAUGAGAUGUGUUUUGUGUAAAAGUUUUUCUUUUCACUCGUAAAUGGUAUCUACUAGCAUCAGAUUCAUUAA